UGUGUUUCAUCUGUGGGUAGGAGUGAUAUUCCAGGAGUAUGGCAGGAAUAAGUCAGUUUUUGGUAGACUGUGCUCUGGAGAGCAGAUAGAGCCAGCCCAAAGAAUUCAGGUGACAUCUGGGCAGAUGGUGAGGCAGUAGGAACUACCUGGAAGUACGGUCUCAACCCCUGGAACCAGAUACAGGACUUUGUCACUUCAAGGAGAACAGACAAGAGAAAGGUUGGUACUGAGUUUAGAAAAAAUGCCUUGAGCUCUGUAAGGCAUUGCAGCUCAGAUGUGAGGUUGGGUCAGACCUCAUGGGCAGGCUCUCAGUGUGGCUCAAUGCUGUGCAUUCCAGGUGAUGGAGAGGCAGCUUUUCAGAUAGAAGGCAGCCAAGGUGAAAAAUAUCCCAGAUGAGCAGUGGAGAGAGGACAUGUGUCUUCCAUUGUCUCUGCAGGGAGAAGGCAGUGACAUGUGACUUGAAAACCGAAGGAGUACAGUUCUUCCCUUGCUCACUGACUUCAUACACGUUGUCUAACCUCUCUGAAGUUCAUUUUCUUCUACAAAAGAGAUGAAGUAACCGUAUUCACUUCUUAGAGGAUCACUGUGUGGAAUAAGUGCACAAAUUCAUAGGACUUUUAAUAGGACUGUGUGAUUCUGUGUGAAUCCAAUUAAAUCAUACAGGUGCCUUUUGAUGACUUUAGAGGGUGAUGAACAUAGCAGUUGGUCGUGAACAUGAUUAUCCAUUUCUCAUAAUGCACUGGAAGUCUGGGAAAUGCGUGAGAGCUCUGAAGGCUGGACACUCAGAGGAUCAGGCUCCUCCCACUUUCACUGAUGGCAAAUGAAGACACGGGGGCUGGACAAGAGACUAACUCAGGAAUCAAGGGAAAAGUCAUGGGUCCAACACUAGUGAGCAACUGUGAAGGACAAAGGCAGCAUUUUUCCUUACUAUGGCUGCACCGGUCAAACUUUUGAUGCUGGAAAACUUCAUAGACGGGAAAUUUUUACCUUGUAAUUCAUAUAUAGAUUCUUAUGAUCCAUCUACAGGGGAAGUGUAUUGCAAGGUGCCAAAUAGUGGGAAAGAAGAGGUCCACAUUAGACAUUCAGUCUUUAACAUGAAACUGGCCAUGUUUCAUCUUUCUUCUUUUUGCCAUGCUGGGGAUGAAUCAAAGGUCUUGCACGUUUUGGUCAAGUGCUCCACCCCUGAGAUUGAAGCUGCUGUCCAGGCCGCCAGAGGGGCCUUUCCUGGCUGGUCAUCCAAGAGCCCACAGGAGCGUGCACAGGUGCUGAACCGGCUGGCUGACUUGCUGGAACAGUCCUUAGAGGAACUGGCCCAGGCGGAAUCUAAAGACCAAGGGAAAACCCUCACAAUGGCAAGAACCAUGGACAUCCCCCGGGCUGUACAGAACUUCCGGUUCUUUGCUUCCUCUGUCCUGCACCACACAACAGAGUGCACACAGAUGGAUCACCUAGGCUGUCUGCACUACACAGUGCGGACCCCUGUGGGAAUCGCUGGGCUGAUCAGCCCUUGGAACCUGCCCCUCUACUUGCUGACCUGGAAGAUAGCCCCAGCUAUUGCUGCCGGGAAUACUGUGAUAGCCAAGCCCAGUGAGCUGACUUCAGUGACCGCCUGGAUGUUGUGCAAGCUCCUGGAUAAAGCAGGUGUUCCACCAGGUGUCAUCAAUAUUGUGUUUGGAGUGGGGCCCAGGGCAGGUGAAGCUUUGGUGUCCCAUCCAGAGGUGCCCUUGAUCUCCUUCACUGGGAGCCAGCCCACCGCUGAGAGGAUCACCCAGCUGAGUGCUCCCCACUGCAAGAAGCUCUCCCUAGAGCUGGGGGGCAAGAAUCCUGCCAUCAUUUUUGAGGACGCCAACCUGGAGGAGUGUAUUCCAACAACCAUCAGGUCCAGCUUUGCCAACCAGGGUGAAAUCUGCCUCUGUACCAGCAGGAUCUUUGUUCAGAAGAGCAUCUACAGUGAAUUUUUAAAAAGAUUUGUAGAAGCUACUAGAAAAUGGAAAGUUGGCAUUCCUUCUGAUCCAUCAGCCUGCAUGGGUGCCCUGAUAAGUAAAGAACAUUUGGAGAAAGUCAGAAGUUAUAUCAAGAGAGCUCGUGCUGAAGGGGCCCAUAUUCUGUGUGGAGAAGGGGUAGAUAAUUUGAACCUUCCCCCCAGGAAUCAGGCAGGCUACUUCAUGCUUCCCACGGUAAUAACAGACAUUAAGGAUGAGUCCUGCUGCAUGAAGGAAGAGAUAUUUGGCCCCGUGACGUGUGUUGUCCCCUUUGACAGCGAAGAGGAAGUUAUUAGAAGGGCCAACGGCGUGAAGUACGGGCUGGCGGCUACCGUGUGGUCAAGCAAUGUGGGCCGCAUCCACCGGGUGGCCAAGAAGCUGCAGUCAGGUUUGGUCUGGACCAACUGCUGGCUCAUCAGGGAGCUGAACCUGCCUUUUGGGGGCAUGAAGAGCUCGGGGAUAGGAAGAGAAGGAGCCAAGGACUCUCAUGACUUCUUCACAGAAAUCAAGACCAUCACUGUCAAACACGAAUGACUGCCUGUGGAGAACCUGCAAUGGCCAACACAUCAGAGAAUCAGCUGCCCAGUGUGGCAGAUGGAAAUGCCACCAUACAUGCCAGCCCUGACUUGACCCUACAGGAAGUCAUCUCCAGCUUAUUCUCGGUAGAUAGUGUUUUUUACCAGCUAGUGAAGGGAUGUUGUCCAUUUUCAAUGUGGACUCAGAGCAGAAAAGACUUCUGGAUAAGAUGGCACAACAAGGAAGCCAAAAAUCAUGUCUCCUCUCGCAUUAUAUCUUCAUAGUAUUUUCUCCAUCAGCUUGAUUGAAUUCUUGGGAAUCACUAAUAACCAGAUAUUUUCAUUUGCAAAUAUAGGAUUAAAAAAUCCACAAAGCUGAGUAGAAGCAAUUUACCAUUUAACUUCUGUUUUUGAGGAGGCUGUGGCAAUGGUCUUCUGCUCCAUUAGCUGCUAGGCUGGUUAACUGAGAGUUGAUUGUACCUCAUUAUGAAAAGGGGUAGUGAAUGUCUAUGGAAUUUGUUAAAGGGGGCUUAUAUAAUUGAUCAUGCUAAAUAUAUCUGUACAGGACAAAGAAAAAUGAAGUAACUACUAUACUUUUGGAUGGAGGAAAUUUGGCACACAAAGAGAAAAUAGUUUGAUUCAUUUCUACUGUCAAUUUUAAUCAAUUCUAAUUCUUAGGGUAUCUAAUGAGGCUUACAAUGUACUAAUCCUAAAAGAAGCAAUAAAUGUUAAGUAAUUUUAGUAACAAG